GCGGGGCGGCAGCGGCAGCUCGUGCCGGAGCGGGGCGAGCGGUAGCGGUUCGUGGCGCGCGGCAAUGGGGACGCAGGGGGCCGGGCGGAAGCGGCUCCCCAACCGGGAGCGGCUGACGGCGGAGGACGAUGCGCUCAACCAGAUCGCCCGGGAGGCUGAAGCAAGGCUCGCAGCAAAGCGAGCAGCACGAGCAGAAGCACGAGAGAUCCGAAUGAAAGAACUUGAGAGACAGCAGAAGGAGAUCUAUCAGGUCCAAAAGAAAUAUUAUGGUCUGGAUACAAAGUGGGGUGACAUCGAGCAGUGGAUGGAAGACAGUGAGCGUUAUUCUCGUAGAUCCAGAAGAAAUGCCUCGGCUUCAGAUGAAGAUGAGCGCAUGUCAGUGGGUAGCCGUGGAAGCCUGAGGUCUGACUUGGAGUAUGCCAGCGCCUAUCCAGUGGCUGGAUUAGAGAAUGAGAGGACCAAAAAGAAGAACUCCAAAGCAACCAAUGGUUAUGAUGAAGACAUGUAUGGAUCAUCCCAGAGUAGAAAAUCUAGCAGGCCCUCCUUGCUGUACAGUGAUGUUCUGCCUGCCAGAAGUUACAGGGCGUCUCUGUAUGAUGAGAGCAUUUACAGUGGGAAUCGUCGAUAUAGUGCCUCUAGUUCUCGUGCUCCGUCGGAGUACAGCUGCUACCUUGGCUCCGGAUCUCGGGCAUCUUCUAGAGCCAGCUCUGCUCGGGCAAGUCCAGUGGUUGAAGAAAGGCCAGAAAAAGACUUUGAGAAGGGAGCUCGUACUGUGUCAAGCUUAUCAGCAGCUACACUAGCCUCUCUGGGUGGAACUUCCUCCCGGAGAGGCAGUGGGGACACCUCCAUCUCCGUUGAUACUGAGGCAUCCAUUAGAGAAAUUAAGGAUAUCAAUGAGUUAAAGAACCAGAUUCAGGAUGUAGAAGGCAAAUACAUGCAGGGAUUGAAAGAAAUGAAGGACUCCCUAGCAGAAGUCGAAGAGAAAUAUAAAAAGGCUAUGGUGUCUAAUGCUCAACUAGACAAUGAGAAAACAAACUUCAUGUACCAAGUCGAUACCUUGAAGGAUGCAUUGUUAGAGUUAGAAGAACAGCUGGCAGAAUCCAGGAGGCAAUAUGAAGAGAAAAGCAAAGAAUUUGAGCGGGAAAAGCAUGCUCAUAGCAUAUUGCAGUUUCAGUUCACGGAAAUCAAGGAGACCCUGAAGCAAAGAGAAGAAAUGCUCGAGGAAAUCCGACAGCUGCAUCAGAAACAGGAGAGCUAUAUCAGGGAAAUUUCUGAUCUUCAGGAGACGAUAGAGUGGAAAGACAAAAAAAUAGGGGCGUUAGAGAGGCAGAAAGAGUUCUUUGAUUCCAUAAGGAGUGAGCGGGAUGACCUCAGAGAUGAGGUGGUUGUGCUGAAGGAACAACUGAAGAAACACGGAAUAAUCCCAAACUUGGAAGUAGCCACCAAUGGAGAGGCUUUAGAUGGUCUCGAUAAUGAAGCACAUUCAGAUUCUACCAAGAUUACUCCAGGAGCGACUCAGAUCCUACAGACAGCUGGGGAUGGGACACUAGACAGACUGAAAAAGCUCAUUGGUGAACGAGAAUCCUUGCUAGAACAGAUUAAAACACUGAAAGGACAACUGGAAGAGAAGCAGAAGAAUGACAAGAUGGAGAAUCUGCAGUCUGAAGAUGAAGUUCUUGAGAAUGGGACAGAUAUGCACAUGAUUGAUCUCCAAAGAGAUGCCAACAGACAGAUCAGUGACCUCAAAUUUAAACUUGCAAAGUCUGAACAAGAGAUAACAACUUUGGAGCAGAAUGUAAUACGGUUGGAGGGUCAAGUAGCUCGAUACAAAUGUGCUGCUGAAAAUGCUGAAAAAAUAGAAGAUGAACUGAAAGCUGAGAAACGCAAACUCCAAAGAGAGCUUCGCUCAGCAUUGGAUAAAACUGAAGAGCUUGAAGUUAGCAAUGGCCAUCUAGUGAAACGGCUGGAGAAGAUGAAGGCCAAUCGAAGUGCUUUACUAUCUCAGCAAUAAUAGCCGGCUUUCACUGAAAACUACUACUUGAUGGAAUGAGAACAACAUUGGAGAUGCUUGUCUUUUGCUGUUUGGGAUGCUUUAUCAUCAUGCCUUCUGAGAACAAACAAAAAACCCACCCCAAACACAUGCACUCAUUUGCUAUAUGCCACCAAAUUGUGGUUCUCUCUACGCAGAUUCAAUCCUGCUGCACUAUAUACAUCGGAGUAGCUGAUCCAAAUGACUGGGCCUGUAGAUGCCCUUCCACACUGUAUGGUUGGUACAUUUGCAGUACAGUACCUGUAUACCAUUUAACAAGCACACCGGGCAUCGUGUUAGUUCUUCAUCCCGAAAAGCACAGCAGCCGUUUUUUGCCAUUUAAAAUGGUGUUAAAAAUAAAGAUUUAAACUGGGACUUGAAUUUUGUCUUGCUGAAAUUUAGGGGGGAGAAAAGCUGUAAUUUCUGGACUUCUCAUGGCAGUAUCUUCAAUUUAGUGACUACAGUAGUAUAUUCAUAGUAGGCUGUUCAUUAACAAAACACUGUGGAACCACAAGCCAUUACAAAGCAAAACUCCUUCAGUGGAAACCAUGGAAGAUGAUGGUCUUGGAAGCAAAAGUGACCUUAAAUGACUUUGCCAAUAAAACAAAGGUGUUUGGAAGGAAUUUUGCACCAGUUCAAUCAUAAGACUAUUUUAUUUCAGGGUGAAUAGGCAAUAGCUUCACUGAAUUACAGCUUUUUAUGUGUAUUAUUUAAUCCCUAUAUUUGGAAUUGAAGUAAACUACUUCUUUUAAAGGAUGUAAUAAUGUUGCAUAAAUAAACCAGAGUAAGGCCAUGUUUUAAAAAAGGUGGACUGCACUUACGUCAUUUCACUACAGUUGUCAAAGCAAAAGUAGCUGAGAAGUAAAGAAGCACUUUAGAAUACAUUGCUACAUCGAUUUUUCUACAAGUUCUGUAAUUGCAAAACUGUUCCUUGGGAAUUUUACAAAACAAUUUUCCACUUGAAAAAGAAAACAUAACCAAUUAAAAUAUCCCAGGCAGUUUUUACAAUCUAGUGACUCUGUUAGCAUUACAGCUCUGCUUCAUUAGAAAAGAUUUAUAAUAUUGAAUUCAAAGCAGUUAUCUGAGAAAUAAAUCCCAGCAAUUUGUCCCCCCUCCAGAGAAAGCUUGUAGUACAUAAGGAAUGCAGAUGAUUAUUGUACAAAACUCCCAAAAACUCUGUUCCAGAUAUAAGAUUAGAUAUCUCUUCAACAGAAAUAAUUUUCCAUGAAUGCUGACUCUUCUAGACUCCCUUCACUUCUGUUGCUUGCCACGUACUAAGCCAAAUUCAGGGUCAAGAGGCCAAAUUUCUCCUUAACCUCAGCUUUAGAUUUCUGGUCCACAUACUGUUGUUCUUGCUUUUCCCUCCUAUUUAGAAGUUAGAAUGCAGGACACUGCUGUUGUCCACUAAAGGAAGUAUUGCUGAUCUCGGUUUAAUUACCUUUGAAGAUCAGAUAAAAAUGUUAAUUGGAUGUGUUUCCCUGGCUAGAGAAGGAACACUCCUCAUUCCAUCAGAAUGAAUUCAGGCAUCUGGCUUACCUCAGUGGGGAAGGAGUAGAUCAGUGUUUUGGAAGAGGGAGUUGGGAUGAGGAGGCCUUUGUGGUCUUAGAGAAAUCAGAGAAAUGUAGGGCUGGAAGGGCCCUCAAGAGGCCAUACCCCUGCACUGAGGCAGGACUAAGUAUACCUAGACCAUAAUUUCUUGCCCUUGUCAAUCGGAUAUAGAGCUGUAUAGUGGGUAAAAGGACGCCUUUAAAUGAAAUCUCCACCUCCAAUUGGGCUUUUAUGGAAAGACUCUUCAGAUGCAGAGCCAGGUUUCUUGCUGAAUACCUCAAACUAGAUGUAGAAACCAGAUUUGCAACUUUCUGUGACUUUUCUAAUUUCUGGUGUAUAGAGCCUCUAGUGUCUACAAAAUACAAUGAAGUUUUUUAUUAAAAUAAACAUACCAUAGUAUUUUAUUAAAGGAUUAAGUUGUGUGAUUGCCGCUUGGCAUAUCUUCUUGUGGUAGUGGGGAAAAUACUGUCUUGUGACAAAAAUCGGGGGGGAAAUCGGUAACAAUAAGGGUUGGGCCAAAAAAUUUAAACAAAUAUUUUGUUCAUCAGGAAGUGCUGUGAUUUUUUUUUUAAAGGAACUUUCAUCUUGCAUCCAUGUGCAUUAAUCUCUUUAUCACAGACAGAAGUCAAAUCCAAAUUUCAUAACCUGGAUGCUUCUGCCUCUAAGAAAUCUUUCAGUGUGUAAUAAACUAGCUGAAUAUCCAAACCAUAAUUUGUUCCCUCUGA